GCAACAAAACAAAACCAGCUCCAGCCCAUUAAGCACUUAUUUUCUCUCAGCCCUCAGCCCUCAGCUCUCUCUCUGCUCUGCUGUCCAAUAUCACUGGCCGGGAAAAUUGUACUCGUCUCCGAGGAGUGCUCCUAGCACUGUCCUUCAUAUUUUGCUUCAAUUUUUGCAUGCAAUAAUAUUAUUAAUUACGUAAUUGCACCGCCCGAUCGAGUAGUAGUAUUAAUUAAGGGUACGUAUUUGGGGUUCUUGAUGCUUAUUGUAUCGCCUUUGAGGGAGCAACACAAGGAUGAAAACCGAGGAGGAGACCAGAUGGAGAGUUUCUCAAUCGGCGCCAACGUGGUGGACUUCUCGGAAUUUUCCGGGGGGAACUUGCUUGACAGCAUCGACUUUGAUGACCUCUUCAUUGGGAUCGACUCCGAGAUGGAUGUGCUGCCCGAUUUGGAGAUGGACUCGGAGAUGCUGGCUGAGUUUUCCGUCAGCGCUGGAGAAGAAUCAGACUUUAAUACAUCGCCGGUAUCAGUUGAAAAAUGGGAGGAGGAUAAUAAAGCCAGUACCGCAGAAGAAAGAGAAGACGAUCAUCAUCAGAAGGUGGAUUCUUCGGGUUCGGGGACUACAGAAUUCAAGUACUCGAGCUCCGAUAAUAGUACGCAUGGAGGAUGUGGAGGAGGAGAGGAAAUUGUUAGUAAAAGAGAUGAAAUCGCAGGAGCAGUCAAUAAGAAUACUUCAUCGUCCCCGAAAGAAACUACAGAUAAAGCUCGGAAGUCAUCAUCAUCCAGUGCACAAUCCAAGAGUUCUCACGGGAAGCGGAAAGUUAAGGUGGAUUGGACGCCAGAACUGCACAGGAGGUUCGUGCAAGCAGUAGAGCAGCUAGGGGUGGAUAAGGCAGUGCCUUCUAGGAUUUUAGAGCUUAUGGGAAUAGAUUGUCUCACUCGCCACAAUAUUGCAAGCCACCUUCAAAAAUAUAGAUCACAUCGGAAACAUUUGCUAGCCCGUGAAGCUGAGGCUGCAAGCUGGACCCAGAGGCGGCAGAUGUACGGUUCAGCUGCUGCUGCUGCAGGCGGUGGAGGAGUAGGCGUCAAGAGACCUUCGUCCGAAAUGGGUCCUUGGCUUGCACCACCCACCAUGGGUUUCCCUCCUCCCAUGACACCCAUGCACCAGCACCACCAUGGCCAUCACCCCCAGUUUAGACCUUUACACGUAUGGGGUCAUCCGACAGUUGACCAAUCCAUGAUGCACAUGUGGCCCCCUAAGCACCUUGCUCCCUUCCCAUCCCCACAACCACCGCCUUCUUGGCCUCCAGCUCCUCCACCACCACCGGACAAUUCAUAUUGGCACCAUCACCACCAGCGUGUUCCUGCUAAUGCAGUACUGACCCCAGGAACGCCGUGCUUUCCGAGGCAAAUGACUACAACUCAUACUCCUCCUGCGACGAGAUUUCCCGCUCCACCUGUCCCAGGCAUUCCACCGCAUCCUGGCAUGUACAAACUAGACCCCGGCGGGCUCGGUGCUCCUGGACAAUCUGGACCCCAUCCGCUUGUUGAUUUUCAACCCUCAAAAGAGAGCAUAGAUGCAGCAAUUGGAGAUGCUUUAUCGAAACCAUGGCUGCCUCUUCCUCUUGGACUGAAACCUCCUUCCACUGAUAGCGUUAUGGGUGAACUACAACGACAGGGAAUUCCCAAAGUACCGCCCUCCUGCGCUUGAACCAGCACCAUGCACAAGUACUAUCUACUAUGUUCCAGACAAUUAAUUACAGAGAUGAUGGAACCCCAAAUUUGACGACAUGUCCUGCGGUCAGAUGUAGCUACCUGCAUCGAUCUCAUCUGCGAGUUUUUCUUCUCUCUUUUUUCUUUUUAGUUGUUACUGUUGAUCCCAUCAUCUUUCCAGCUCUUCCCCAGUUCCCCAUAACUAUGACCAGUACUACUACUACUACUCCUUCAUCGAUCGGAUCCUUCGUCACGUAUAGUUAUAACUUGUAUGAGAACAGCAUCUUCGAUGUAUUACCAUAUA